AUGCUACCGGUUUCCAAAGAUGCCGUUUUAGAGUCACAAGAACAGGCUGAGCCAGAACCCCUAUUGCCAUCUGUCCUCAGCCCAACAGGAAAGCCUAACAUAGGCCCACCAAAUGACCAACAACAAGAUCUUGCGGUUUUCAUACAGGACGCAGCCGCCCGCGAGAUCAUUGAUGAUGAGAUCGUACACAAUGAUGCUAUCGACAGCGAGACUAUCGAACAGGAUCCGGAGCCAACUUCAGAAGCAACCGAGCAGAAAGAGGUUCAAGAAGAGGCGCAGAAGGAUAUGGCAAAUGACGCCGUUGCUUUAAAUGAUGUGUCUCUACCUGACAAUACGAUUGCUUCUGCGUGGCACUCCCAGGAGCGAUACGUCUCUCAAGAUGUGUACGCUGACCCACACGCAGCAGCUCAAGAGUAUGUCGACUACGGAAGAAACUACUAUGCAUCGGCUCAGAAAAGCCUCGAUCCGUCUCCCGUCCUCCAAGAGGUCCACGAGACUCCUGAUGCUGUCGAAGAUCCUGUCGUCAGCGAAAUCACGGUCUUCGUUGGAGAUGAGGAUAUGCACACUGGCCACAGUACCCUGAGUCUCCACAAAGAGCUUGAGGAGCUUCACGGAGAAGAACAUGACCAAGGUAUGGAAGAGGAAACCGGAAUACCGUCCUCUCCCAACACAUUCCAUGAAGUAGAUAAGGACAUUGUCCCGGAGGCAGAAAAUGCAGCAACGAUGCACGGCCAAGAUGACCUCUUUGACGAUGACAGCGAAGAGUCGGCUGGAUCUAUAGACUCUUCCGACUCAGCAAACCCAGAAGAGUUAGUGGGCCAAGAUCAGGAUACCAGCCAAGAGUAUGAGCUUGUGCAUGAAUCCUUGCCACAUCAAGGACAUGACAACAGGCUUUUCAAACAACUCGAUGAGGAACCGUAUGAGGUUUCCCAGGACACCGAAGUACUCCAGACGCCAACUACGAUUGUUGGCGACUCCCACAGUGUUAACACGGUGACUUCUCCGGAAUAUGAGCGCCCCGUCACACCAGACGCUUCUACGCCGCGGGCAUCUUAUUUCAAGGGACUUGCCAAUAGCCGUCAUGCACCCAAACAACAACAACAACAACAAUAUGAACCUGUAACACCUCCUCGUCAGACAGCCGUGCACAACGACAAGGGAUUUGAUGGCAUUGAUUUUUUGCCCCGUGAUGUCACACAUGUUCCGUGGCAAAAGCGUGACGGCAGCAUCGACGUCACUCCUGGUUCGGUUCGCAGUCAAGCAACACUAUCAACAUCUGCUUCUUCAUCCUUCGGCACCCCAUCACCGUGGUCUGCUGGAACUGUGACGACAAUGACGCCUGGAACAAGCGCCAUCAUUAGUGGAAAUUCGGUUCCUCAGGACGAUCCGUUUAUCCGCGCCAGCUGGUCCAGCUCGCCAGAAGGUGGUCAUGGCAGUGGCUAUAGUCAAGGUGACGACCAUGAUAUCAUUCCAAGCCGCGGAAAGUCCAUUGGUCAGCUCAAUUACAGCUACAACGGUCAAACUGUCAACGACCCCGAGAUGAAGGAUCUCGUUCUAGCUGUCAGUCAAACGCCGCAAUCAAACAACAGCCGGCCAAGCUCGGUCGUCGCGACGUCGUCACCUACUAGUCUUUUCCAGCGCAUGAGAAACAUUUUUGAGCCGCCACAAAAUGGUACCGCACAAGGCACACCAGUUAAGCCAACAACACCAGCAGCCAGCUCAAGUGAUGCGUUUCCGGCCAUAGGUAAUGCAACCAACCGGCCCGUAGACCGAGAUUUCCGUCGCGGCACCCAGGCGACGGAUAGCCGCCAACUGGCUGAUGACGCGGGCGUUGACGAUCUGGACGCGGACGAUUUGUUCAAUGAGAAAAGCUCCCUCCUGCAAGCCUCUGCCAUUGACAUGCCGUUGCAUUGA